GAUAAAGAGAGAGAGAGAUACAUUUUAGUGCACAUGGGGUUAUGGUAUUUUUGCGAGAGCCUUUUCCUUUAAUCUCCGUGGAUAUGAACCUCAAGUGGAUUUUGUUUUCUCAGAUUCCUAGUGGAUUUCCCUGUUAUUCCUCCCUGGAUCUAAACAGCUGUUGAAGUCGUGAAGACCAAACCAUGCCUCCUCUUCAUUGAAACUUCAACAUGGGCCCUUGACUGGGUUCCCUGACUGGAUUUUAUUGUAUCUAUAUUUUACCAAGUGGUCCCAUUGAGAUCAAAAUACUUAUUUUUCAAGGGAGACCUGGCCAUUAAGGAUGGUGCUAUGUUGCACCCCCACUGAUCACCACCACUGCAUGCUCUACAGUGAAGAUUCCUCCAUGUGCUGUCUAUACUGACAUCCCUACUCAUGGAUAGCCACUGGCAGGCCUGAGUGAUCCAUCAGCCUAGCUGGAGAACAAACAACAUCUGGGCGUAGAGAGAGAGAGGAGAGGGACAAGGCUCAGCAGACACAUAGCCAGAUGGUGUCACUCGAACAACACUACUCCAGCAUGGAGGAGAUGGUGAGGACCCUGCUACAGAACCAGGACACACUGGAGGGCCCCAGUGCGGAUCCAUUAGACCUCAUGAAGGCCUACAAGGACAAACUCCUGGAGGAGAUGUGGAAACAGCAGGACAGUCUGGAGGGCCCACUGCCCCCCUUGAAAGAAAGGAGGCCCAACUCUCCAGGAGCCAUCCGUAGGGGACACGGGGAGGACUACGACGAGACCAAUCCCAUUCUAGAGCGUCUGCGGGCCCUUGAGGUGGAGAACUCUGCCUUGACAAAGGAGAACGACAACCAGAGGAAGCAGUAUGAACGCUGUCUGGAUGAGGUGGCUAAUCAGGUGGUUCAAGCUCUCCUCACUCAAAAGGACCUGAAGGAGGAGUGUGUGAAGCUGAGGACACGCGUGUUUGACUUGGAGCAGCAGAACCGCAUACUGAACGUUCUGUUCCAGCAGCGGGUCAAAACAUCCACCGAACCUAUCUCUCAGGAAGUCCAGCGGAAUGGGAAGGCAAGUGUUCCUGCAGGGAGGUGGCCCAGCCUGCUUAGUCUAACCUGUCCACGCAGUAGCUGCAGUGGCAGUGAGGCCUCAUUAUCCAGUGCAUCUACUGAGUACUCCAGUGGCUCACAUACUUGGGCAGAAGGACGUCGCUCCUCCAUGCAGUCUGUGAUAAGCCGGGAGAAGAGGAUGAGCGCAGGGUCAGAGUCCAGCAAUCGGUCUGUCCCAGCAGAGCAGCCCGAUCUAAAUUGGAAGGAGGGCCACAUUCUGAAAGGCCUGAAGAGGCUCCAAAUGCGCAGCCCAGCUCCCAAGGAGACAUCUUCACUCGCCUCCACGUCACAUUUCAAGGACUGCAUGACCUCCAAUGAGGGCAUAUACUCUUUAGGGGUUAAGGGUGGGCCCCACGGGGUAGUGCCUAAAUUGGCAUUGGCAAAGGGAAAUUAUUUUAAGCCAGGAGCAGGAGUCAGUACCUUAAUCUCUGACUCAGACGAUGCAGAGGAUGAAUUGCCUCAAUCACAAGCCAGGGAGUCCUGCGCCCAACCCAUUAAAGAGACUCUCCAUCUGGAAGGAGAGCCUGCGUCUGAAUUGGGAACGGCAGAAGGGGGAAAGAGCUCUACGGUCUACAACUCCCAAGAGGAGCCUGUAAGACUCGUAAUUCCCAGCAACUCCUUCUCACCUAUCAAAGAUGUCUUCUUGCUCGAGGGUCCCACACUGAAGCCUGGACUCAGCCCAACGGAGAGCCCUAACUUUAUGAGUGGACUUCAAAAUAAAAACUGGAUAGAAAAAGACAAGCUAGUAGAAACUACAAGACAUAGUUACAAUUUGAGGUCAGAGAGCGUUAAACAGCCACAAAACAAAGUUACGGUCAAACAUCUAGAGGCACGGGCUAGGGAAGUGAGCCUACCCAUUCAGUAUGCAGCAGCCAGAGCUCUGAGUUGGGUUAGUGAGGCCAGACAGCGCAGUGCUUCCAUGGAUACGAAGCAGUACAGAGAGCCGAGCAGCCAGGGUGGAGUUGAUACCAAGGACUACACCAUUUUGCAGUCCCGACAGAGGAAAACAAAGCCUACGGCUUGCGACUCAGCAAGGAAGGCCUUUAUCCUCCGACACAAGAGUGCAGAUGGAGGUCCAGACCAGGCCAAGCUACACCAGCCCCUACGUCAGAAACUUAUCAAAGUCAAUCAAAGGGCCAAGAACCGCUCAAACCCCCCUGGGCCCAGUGGCCCUCGCACAAAGAUUAACCUCAGCAAGGCACCAGGUCCAGCUAAGGCAUCAGUACAAAUGACUGAGAAAGGUGAGACUGCUAGUGGGGCAAGAACUUCAGGGCCCCUUGAGAAUACAGUACAUGGCUCCCCUUCUUCCUCCCCUCAGAAACUGGUCAAAGUAUUUGAGCCACCUGUGCUGAAUGAUUGCCCCAAGAGCACAUCUAAAGUAUCCCAACCAGUUUCCAAACUCCCAUCAAGAAACGACUGUGGGGUAAAAGGCCCCAACUCCAACAAUUCAGCUUGCUCUCCACUUAAACAGAGGCAGCAAGACCAGCACUCGGAUUCCUCUCGCAGUGAUAUCAGGUCUCCUUCACCUCCACUCCCACCAGGUUGGACCACCUCCCUACUUAUUCGACCUGGUUAUGGCUCCUUACCUCAGGCGCAUAAGCCUGUGGUUAUGCUCCAAACCUCUAGCACAGUAAAGGCAACUGCCCGUAGCACCAAACCUCCGUCAAGUCAUCAGUCAUCUGUUUUACAAAUGCAACCUCUAGCCCCCAACAAAAUGCAAGACACUCAUCAUAUGGCUCCCAAAAUGGGUAUUGAGGUGAAAAAGCCACCAAAAUGGGUCCCUGCCAAAGUCUACCAUCCUUUACCAACUUCGACCACUCUUCAAGAAUCCAAGGAAACAGACUCUUCCCAAUCCUCAAUGAACAGGACUGUGGCACAAGCCUCCCAUCAGGAAAAUAGUGUUCCCUUUGUGUUGCAAAAUCAGGACAGCUCACCUGUGUCCCAGCAAGGCAAUGGUGAGCCACAAAGUACAGAGCUCUUACCUCAGGCCUCAGCGUCUCUACUUUGCCAUGACAUAGUUAGUAUCUCUCAACAUUCUGUGACCAGGGCAGUAAAUGCAUCCCUUCCUGUUGGCUCCAAAACCAAUGAGACAACCCCAAAGCUGGACAACAACUUUGCAGUUAUCACUGCUAUAAAGGGAGUGCAGACUUUUGACACCUUCAACCAGGACACGUACAGACGUCCAAUGAUGCACUGUGUCAAUGCAGCUGUAGCCAAGGCCAAAGCCAGGAGAAAGCUUGAGAGCCACUGUAGCUCACUAGAGGAGGCUGCACUCCCACCAGUGGCAGAGAAUGGUGUAACUUUGGACUGGGGAUUUGAUGAAGAGAGCUGGCUAUUCAAGCGCUCGGUCUCAGUCUCGACCCGACCUCCUCUCCACCCGGUUAUGGGCAUGAAUGGAGCAAAGGCUCGCAGUCAAAGCUUCGGCGCACGCUAUAUGGACAGACCAAACAUCAGCAGGUCUGGAAAUGUCUGUAAUCACAUCAAAACUAACUCAGGAAGCUCUUUGAAUUCUCUUGGUGAUGUAUUCCGGAGUAGUAUGAGUUGCUCCAAUAGCUACAAUUGUCCAAGGAACAAAUCCCACAACAAUUUCAUGAUUGAGGAAGACUUGCCAAUACCUCUGCAUCUGGAGGCCUCCAGUGAUCGAUUUGGUCUCAAACACCAGAGAGUAAACUCAUGUUCACAUCUCCGGACUGAGAAACAGUCUCCUAGCACCUUCUAUGAACGUAUCCAUGGGGAACCAGAGAGACAGUCAAACAUCUCCACCAUCGAGGAGAAGGUCAUGAUGGGAAUUGAGGAGAAUUUGCAGAAAUCUCAGCAGAAGGAGAAGACAACUGAAACUAAGCAGAAAUCCGGUUCACUGUCAAACUGGUUUGGAUUCCGCAAGAGCAAGCUCCCUGCUCUGAUUGGUAAAAAAGGAGAUUCUCCAAGGGGAAAAGAGGAGAGGAAGGAACCUAAGCUUGGAUCUCUCUUGGGUGGGAAGCAGGCAAAGUUCGACAAAAAGAAGGAAAGGAAGAAAAGUGAAGGUCAUCAAAUGGAUGGCUCGGUUGGGAAAAGAGACUCCCAAGAUACAUUGCUCGUCUGCCUUUCGAUGGCCUCCCUGGGAGCCCCAGGUAACAGCAACAUACAAGGACAAACCGCCAUCAGUGGGGACACAAAGACAAAGAUACAGAGGAUGAACCUCAGGACUGAUAAUGACAACAGAGUUGCUUUGAAGAGCCCCAGUGAAGAUCACUUUAUCGGCUCCGGCUGCAAGAUGCGAACGUUGGACAGCGGCAUUGGAACAUUCCCCCUCCUCGGUUCCUCCUCCUUGUUCUCCUCCAUCCUCCACCUCCUUCCCAAGUCCACAUCGGCCCAACACUCCCUCAGUCCUCCCAGUGCUCCCAGUUCCUCUAGUGAGGAGGUGCCACCCUCCCCAUUGCCCCGGUGGAGAGUACCGUCUGGCUCAAAAGACCAUCUCUGCAGCCAACCAGGCCUGGACAACUCCUCGUUAUCCGACACCACUGUGACCCUUGUCCAAUCAGUGCCUUAUCCCACUUUGGCCUUCCUUCAGCCUGUCCAAUCCCUGUCUGAGUCCCUUGUGACCUGUGCCAGUGUGUGUGAUACCCAGAGCAAGCUGCCCAGACUAGCCUCAGGCUCCGGCUGCAAGAUGCGAACGUUGGACAGCGGCAUUGGAACAUUCCCCCUCCUCGAUUCCUCCUCCUUGUUCUCCUCCAUCCUCCACCUCCUUCCCAAGUCCACAUCGGCCCAACACUCCCUCAGUCCUCCCAGUGCUCCCAGUUCCUCUAGUGAGGAGGUGUCACCCUCCCCAUUACCCCGGUGGAGAGUACCGUCUGGCUCAAAAGACCAUCUCUGCAGCCAACCAGGCCUGGACAACUCCUCGUUAUCCGACACCACUGUGACCCUUGUCCAAUCAGUGCCUUAUCCCACUUUGGCCUUCCUUCAGCCUGUCCAAUCCCUGUCUGAGCCCCUUGUGACCUGUGCCAGUGUGUGUGAUACCCAGAGCAAGCUGCCCAGACUAGCCUCAGCAGUUAGAAUGACAUGAUCAUGAAGACUGACAAGGACAACUGCUAAGAAACCAUCAGCAAAUAAAUUCUGGAACAAAAUGAGCAGCAUCGAGGGGAGAGAGAUAGAGAGAGAGGGCAAUCAGCAGGCAUGUAACCUACAGGGAGAUGCAUGAUUACAAUGGCUCAUGGUCAAACAAAAGCACUAUACCUACCUUUAGGAAUAGAACUGCCCGUGAAAACAUGUUAUGUCAACAUAUGAAGGCUAGAAGCCUGAAAGUUGCCCAUUUUCUUCUGAUGAGUUUCUGUCCACAGGACCCGAAGUGUUAAAAUCAGUAAACUAUUGAUUUACAGUCACAGGCAAUUAUAAUCGUCAUUGGACUUGGUUUGCUGUACUUGACACACAUUAGCCUCUUCAGUAGCUUUACCAGUUAGCUCACACUUAGGUACUGUGCUGUAAUUGCUAAUUGCUCCUUAUCUUGUCAACUUAAUUAGACGGAUGGCGUGGGAAGAACGCCACAAUGACCUUCUCUCUUUC